CUCACUUAAUGAUAAUGUGGUGUUAUAUUGGUUAUUUUGGUUAACCAAUUAACCAAACCGAAUAAAAUUUAGUUUGGUUAAUUUGGUUGUUGUAUUAGUUUGGACGGUUUGGUUAUGAUAUUGUAUUCCAUGGUUGAUAGAUUUUAGAUUUAUUUGGUUUGGUUAUUACCAUGGUAACCAUUUGAACACCCCUACAAGGAAGAGGGGUUUGUCGGCGGAGUACGCAACGGCGAUCGGAUUCACAUGUGACGAUAGAGGUUUCAAAAGCUAUGGCGGUUGGUCGAAGGAGGCAAGAAUUGAGGUUCAGUAGAGCUGUGAAGCGAGUGCUAUCAUCUAAACUGGGUUUCGAUUUUAGAUGCAUGCGCGCGGGUUGGGGAGAAGAGAAGAUGCAUCGGGCAAGAAUUCAUCGUCGUUCUGUCUCUCGCCGCGGCUGGGAGCUCCAAUCACGAUUUGGAUUGGGGAUUUGGAUCAUGGCCUAUGUCAUGAUUUUGGUUAAGGAUGUGAAUCGUGGGAUGCGAUGCGAUUGGUCUGGGUCGAAGGUGGAAGGGAAGCUGGGCAGGUGGUGGUGGAGAGAGGGAUUCGGCGUUGGAUGUGCUGGCAGAGCGGUGGAUCUAAAAGCAAAGAAUUCUCUUAUGGGUCUUCUCAAUUUUGAUUCAACUUAAGCCUAAUCUGUGUAUGAGUCUUCCUUUCUUGAAAGAUUAUGUUGUGGUCUUGAUUAGAUCUCUAAUCAAAUAUGGACACCCAAUCAAAGACAAUUUGAGGACAUGGUCGUGGGGAUUGGAUUUGUGUAGAUGGUUGUGGUCUUGAUUAGAUCUCUAAUCAAAUCUGGACACCCCAAUCAAAGACAAUUUGAGGA